AUGAGAGAUGGAGAAAAGCUGAGCUUUGUAAGGGACAUACCAGCAAAAAACUUCUUUUGGGGUGUGGGAAUGGCUUCCCAACCAGAGCUUUCAUAUUUCAGAAGAGAGAUGACCAAGAUCACUUCCUUCAUAACGAUCAUAGAUGAUAUUUAUGAUGUUUAUGGCACAUUGCAAGAACUUGAACUCUUCACUCAUGUGGUCCACAACUGGGACAUACAUGCAAUGCACACGUUUCCAAGUUACAUGAAAAUAUGUUUUCUUGCACUCUAUAAUUCUGUCAAUGACGCCGCUUUUGCCAUCCUCAAACAUACAGGCAUCAACAUCAUCCCUUACCUCAAGAAAGUGUGGGGUGAUAUCUGUGAAUCAAAUCUGACAGAUUCGUGGAUUUCAAUUCAAUAUGAUUCAAUCAGGCCACAGGAUUUUGAGUAUUUACAAGAAUACCCCUGUAUUAUUCGCCUUUCUUCCACCAUUGUACGAUUUGCUAUUGACCUUGCAGCAUACAACAUUACUAAUAGUGAUGUUUCAUCAAAAUCAUCAAGUGGUGAGUUUGAUGCUGACAUUACCAAGUCACUAAAAUGCUACAUGAAUGAAACUGGAACUUCUGAACAAGAGGCGUAUGAAUAUGUCCUCACCUUGAUAUGCCAAACUUGGAAGAAGAUGAAUGAAGCAGUGCAUAAUUCUGAAUUCUCUCCGGGUUCCACAGAAAUUGCUCUCAACCUUGCAAGAAUGGCUCGAGAUAUGUACCAGCAUGGAGAUGGUCAUCCUGACGAUUCUCAUACUAGCCUUCCUAUUCUUUCCUUGCUUGACCACCCAAUUCCUAUUACAUCUACAUGCUAG